AUGGCUCGUGCUCUUGUGCUCAGCUUGGUGCUGGCAUUGGCUUCGGCUGAGUCCUUGAAGGAUUGCAUUGAAAGCAAGUGCCGCGGGUGCGGCGGAGAGCAAUGUCAGCUUUGCCGCGAAGACGUCAACACCGUGUCUGCUUGCGUGUCAUCCUGUAUGGACAGCCUCUGCCGUGGUUGUGGUGGCGAGCAGUGUCAGCUGUGUCGCGAGGAUGCCAGCCACAUUGAAACCUGCUGCUCCGAGCAGGGACUGGAAUCCGUAACUUCGCAGAUCGACACCUGCAAGGCCCAGCCCACAACUCCUUGCGCCGGUUUGUACGGGGCUGAAGGCCUCCGAUGCGCCUGGGAGGAGGACGUGAAGACCUGCCUGGAGACCAGCUGCCGCGGCUGUGGCGGUGAGCAAUGCCAACUUUGCCGCGAAGACGCGCAGAGGAUCGACACCUGCUGCACAGAACACUGGCACUCGGUGGAUCCGCCGCAGAUGUGCAAGGAUGCCAAGGAAGACCUGGAACCCAAGGAUCCUUGCGAUGGCUUGUACGGGGCUGAAGGCCUCCAAUGCGCCUGGGAGCAAGAUGCCAAAAGCUGCGUGGCGGAGGCCUGCAAGGGCUGCAGUGGCGAGCAGUGCACGCUGUGCAACCAAGAUGUUCAGAGGAUCGCCAACUGCUGUGACGAGCACUACCACUCCGUUGAUCCGCCGCAGAUGUGCAAAGACUCCAAGGAGGAAGCUGUUACCAAUUGCUUUGAUAGCAAGUGCCGCGGCUGUGGUGGUGAGCAGUGCCAACUGUGCCGUGAAGACGCUAAGAGCGAGUGCUGCACUGGGGCCAUGCGGACUCCUUCCUGCGAAUCUUCCAAGGUCCUGCGCGAGCUCGGAGGUCACCCGGACGAGGUGUCAGCACUCCUGCAGCUAGAUGGCCAAACACUCGACUCGGAGGCUUUCCUGGAUAUCAUCUUUAAAGGUAACCCCACUGAGCCGGCCCUUGCCAAAGAACCUUCCGCGGAGCCUGAUUCCGCCUGCGCCCUGCGCGUACUCCAGAUCACGGAUGUCUACAUGUUGGAGAAUUUUCCAAGCCUGAAAACCCUCAUCGCCAAGAAGGAAGCCGAGCUGAAAGCAAAGUACGGAGGAGGCUCCCGCUGCAUCUCGGUCUUGACGGGGGACUUCCUGGCUCCAUACCUGCUCUCCAGCAUCGAUCGCGGUGCUGGCAUGGUGCGAAUGCUGAACGAGGUUCCCAUCCAGUACGUGACCUGGGGGAACCACGAGGCAGACCUCUCGCACGAAGAUGUCAUGUGCCGGGUGGAGGAGUACCAGGGGGUCUGGAUCAACAGCAACAUGCAAUCUCACGAGUCCUUCGACAAGUGCCAUUGCCAGCAGGAUGUGGAAGUCAUCCAGAUUGAUAGAGGUGGCCAUACACGCCGGGUUGGGCUGGUGGGCGUGCUCAGCGAUGAAGCCGCCCUCUACAAGCCAAGCGCCUUUGGCGGUGCCACCAUCGAAGAUCCCUGGAAGACGCUGGCUUACUACAAGGAGAAGCUGGAGAAGGAUCAGAACUGCGAUCUUGUCCUUCCAUUGUGCCACUUGUACGAGUGUCAAGACGAAAUCACCUGCCACAACUUUGACUUCCCAGUGAUCCUAUCUGGGCAUGAUCACCAUGUUGUGGACCGCGUCAUCAGUGGUACAAGGCUCCUGAAGCCUGGCUCCGAUGCGCAUUGCGCCGUACAGCUGGAUCUGGUCUGGGAGCGCCCUGGGAGCCCUCCGCGGAUCACUGCGGAGCUUCUGAACGUCUCUUCCUUUGCACCUGACGCGACGUUGGCCGCAUCGGUUCGGGAGGUCUACUCCACGCUGGAUCAUUUGCGCUACACAGAGAUCGUCAAGGUGCCAUCAACCUUUCGACCUCUGAGUUCUGUCAACUCACGUGGAUGUUGCACCACAAGCGCACGCUUCCUCUGCACAGAGAUUCGGAAUGCCCUGAAUCUCGACUGUGUGGAGGGAAGUCCCCACUGUGAUUGCGUUCUCAUCAAUGGUGGGAACUUCCGGGGCGAGCGGGCCUACAAAGAGACGGAGCACAUGUCUCUGGAAGACCUGAUGUCAGAGAUGGACGAGUCCGUGGAGAUCGUUGUAGCGCCGGUUCCUGGUGAGCUGCUUCAGUUUGGGCUGCGGGACACGUGGCAAAACAUCAGCGGCGCCUGGAUGCAGCACGACGACCAGCUGGAGGUUGAUGCCGAUGGCCAGGUGCAGAAGAUCGCAGGCAAAGCCUUGGACCCUGCUGCCAUGUAUCGAGUGGGCACCUCCAGGCGCUUCGGCCUGCAGCUCCUACCCAAGGUAAAGGCCUACUGGGAAGAGAAGCCCAGUGCCAAACCACACCCAGAGUCUGCCCUCCCUGUGCAUUCCUUGCUGCUGCACUAUUGGGCAGAGAAGGUCUGGGUGAGGAUUUGGGCCUUCCUUGACAAGGAUCACAACGGCCGCAUCGAUCCUGAAGAGAUAAAGGCGCUGGACAGGACCGGCACAGGCCAACUGGACCACGUGGACAUCAUGAACGCCGUGAAGAACGUGGCUCACAUGGAGACCUACGAAGGCGAGUAUACCUUGACAGACCUGAUCAUGAAGGUGGCAGGCCAUCACGGGCAGGGCACCUUGACCUUGGUGGAGAUCAACAGCAGACGGCGUCACCGACGCCAGCAGCUGCGUGGGAUCAAGAGGCGCGAGGUCAGAGUCCCGUCGGAGCUGCUGCCAGAUGCACAUAUCCAGGAUCAGCAGCAGGAGCGAGGUCCCCUGGCUGUAUUUCUUGAGCUGUCGGAGGAGGAGCAAAGGAGCUUUGCUGAGGUGUCCCUAAUGGAGCUGGCGGCCUACGUGUGCUGGCGGCAAGCGCAGGCCUUUGCUUCCAUUGAGCGCAAGGCUCAGGACACUGCGGAGGAUGAGAGUGGCUGGGAGCUGGAGGAUGAUUGGGACAUGAUGGAUGGAGGUGAGAAAGUGGAGUCGUGCUGGCGGUCUUGCGACCCCUCAGCAUGUUGGAAAGCUUGCCUUGCAGCCGCGAUGCCACGGAGAGUCAUAGAUCCUGGAGUUUUGCGACCGUUCCGAUGUGCGUCUUUGCUGGCCCUCAGCCUGGCCUGGACCAUGGCAGACAUUCCUUGCUUCCGGUGCAGAGCAGUCAUUACUGAUGUGGAUGGGACCCUGAUGCCUUUUGGGACGAACGCGAAAAUCUCGAAAAAGAACCAGGAGGCCUUGAAGGUUGUACGUGACUUAGGCUUGGAGGUGUGCGUAGCUACUGGUCGAAUUCCUGGGCCGUGGUAUGACGACCUUUCUGCGCAAGUGCCGUUUGGGCCGGGUGUCUUUGCCAACGGCGCGCUAAUCAUCGACUCAACUCGAUCAUCAGAACCUCCAAAAAUCCUGGCCUCAUCAACUUUGCCUGCUACCGCGGUGGCAGCUGUGUUAGGCUCCACUUCUGGAGGGCGGUUUCGUGGGCUUCGCGUGUCCGUGUUGGCUGCCACGAUCUGGGAAGGGUCCGUGCGAUAUGUGGAGUUGGCGCCCGAGGGUCCCACCUGGGCCACGGAGCUUAUCAAAAGCGCUGGAGAGCCUGAGAUGGUACUGCUGCCGUCGCUGAGCUCGCUGAAGGAGGUCUUCAAGUUUGUUAUCUUCACACUUCCUCUGGAGGAAGGUUGGGCGGCGAUGCCGGACGUUGUGGAGGCACUCCGAGGGAUGUGGUGGACUGUACAGGGGUACUGGGACAGCAAAGGCCUAUACUGCGCAUGCACCGGGGUGGAAAAGUUGCUGAAGCUUCUUGGCUUAAGCCUUGACUCAGCUCUUGCUUGUGGAGAUGCGGAAAAUGACGUGGAAAUGUUGAAGAUGGUUGGUCUGGGCAUAGCCAUGGGGGAUGGGAAGCCCGUGGCCAGGGCUGCGGCUGACGUGGUCGUGGGCCCAAGCACUGAGGAUGGCGUUGCUGAAGCCAUCCAUGUUGCACUUGGGCCAUCCACGCCGGCUUCUGGCUGA